AUGUCUACGCAAAAUCGAUUUAAGAAAGGAAUGAAAUAUACAGAACCUAUGAUUCUUGAAAUUCUUGACUCUGACAUGGAGGAUAGUAGGGGGUAUUCACCAGCUGCGGACGCUAGUGUGAAAAGGUACGUUCGCAACACAAUUUGGAGUGAGGGAUUUAAUAAAUCUGAAAUAGCUCGCAUAACACUUCAGCUAAUGGACAAGGCUCUCAUACGCCGGACCUAGAAGCAAAAUGGCAGGCCUCAAUCCCGUCGGUAAUGCUCCACCCACUCAGUCCCAACAGGAAGAGCAAAAGAGUGAGUUCAAAUAUUUCAAGAUAUAUAAUCUAUAGCUUACAUUUAAUAGGUUCCAGUAUUAAGCCAGUACGUCUCCCAGUCUUUUCUCCGUUAUGACAGAUGCUCCUCCGCCCAAACGACAAAUGUCCUUCCCUCCAAUCACACCGUGGAUUACGAGACAUGAUACCUACAAGGAGGUGCAGAAACAGUUAUCGCCGUAUGGCCUAGGGCCUGACGAUGGACGAGUCGCCAGUGAUAAGUGGCUUCCCUUCAGCGUCCAAUCUAAGAUCUUGACGCGGGUUCAAAUCGUUUUAGAAGAAGCUUUGUUCGAGUUUUUAAAUACAAAUUUUACGCACGUGUGCGAAGAAAAUGGAUGGGAGGAGAUGGGCGAGGCUGAGUGAGUAUUUGUUUUUCAUUUUGCACUAUGCAGCAUGUGCUGACAUUAGGUUAAAAAGGUUGAUCGACAUCGCUGUUUCAAUCAUGAUCCAGCUUGAUGGAGAUAAGGAUCGCUUUAGUAGUCUCCUUGAUGGAGAGAUAUAUGAUCAUAGUUCCGAAACACUCCGGUGUCUUCUUUUAAAGAUCUCCCAGAUCCGACACUGUGCUGUUCACCGCACGAAAAAAAUUCCAGUCAUCACACUAGAACUUAUGGUGCGUGGUGCAGUAUACGUUACCUCGUAUAUACAGGACAAGAAACGAACUGAAAUUCUAGAUAGUAUCUGCAGGCCACUUGAACCUCUGUCCUUCAAUCUAGAGGCUAGGUUUGGGGAAAGAUUAGCCAAAAAAGCACAGAGAAAUCUAGAGAGAAUUAACAAUAAGGUACAGCAGUUACAGGAACUUUUGAAGGAGGAAGAAGUCAGACAGGCAGUGGCUAAUAUGGAAAUGGAAAUUAUUCAGAGACAGGAUGAGGGAAUCUAUGACGGUGGGCUGGAGUCUUUGAAGAAGGCUUUGUAA